ACAUGUUUGAUGACGCACCAGUAAUGACAGCCCCUGUAAACUCCACAGUACUGACUUAACUGACCUCAGGGUUUGUUCCUCCUUUGAGGUAACUCUCGUAUGUUACAGGUAGAUCUGGUGAGAACAUUCACUCGGUGUUUAGAGUUCUUCAGUGUUUGUAGUUUGUCUUCACGUUUCUGACUCGCAGGUGAAUCUAUCCGGACAAGAUGCGUCUCACGCUGCAAAUGUUGAUCUCCCAUGGCCGGGUGGCCCGGAGGAUGGGGAUGGGUCCACAGUCCCGAAUCAACAUUCUGAGAAAUAUUCUUACGGGACUGGUCCGACAUGAGAGGAUAGAGACCACUGUGGCCCGAGCAGAUGAAGUCCGCUUCUACGCCGAGAGGCUGGUUGACUACGCCAAAAAGGGAGACACUGAUGAGAAGGCGAUGAAAAUGGCGAGCUUUUGGAUGACGGAAAAGGAUCUGGUCCCAAAGCUGUUCAAGGUCCUCGCUCCACGGUUUGAGACUCAGUCAAAGGGCUACACGCGAAUGGCUCGCAUCCCAAACCGACAGAAUCUGGACCGAGCCAAGAUGGCUGUCCUGGAGUACAAAGGCAACCCAUUCCCUCCUCUGUUUCCUGUGAAAAAGGAGAACGAACUCUCUCUUAUCAACCAGCUGCUCAAAGGCUACAGAGAGGAGAAGGCACAACAGCUAGCUGCCAAAGCUUGAUCAAAAGGAGCUGUUUGCAGAUGCUGCAGACAGAGGCUUUCAGAGACUGAUGUAUUUCUUCAGCAAAAAGAACUGUUCCAACUCCAGAGUCGACAGAGGAGAGGAAUGUCUCUGUGAAAGGACAUUCAUGAGUGGUUGUAUAAAUGACAAUAAAUACUAUUUGAUAACAAA